GAGCAGCCCGGCGCGAGCGAAAACAAACAGCUGGGGCUGCGAGCGCCCCCGCCCCAGCUCCGAGAGCACGCCGGCCCGGGCCCCUACUCCGGGUGCCCAGCCGCCCACCAUGAGGAAGAUCCGCGCCAAUGCCAUCGCCAUUCUGACCGUAGCCUGGAUCCUGGGCACUUUCUACUACUUAUGGCAGGACAACCGAGCCCACGCAGCAUCCUCCGGCGGCCGGGGCGCGCAGAGGGCCGGCGGGAGGCCGGAACAGCUCCGGGAGGACCGCACCAUCCCGCUCAUUGUGACAGGAACACCCUCGAAAGGCUUUGAUGAGAAGGCGUACCUGGCAGCCAAGCAGCUGAAGCCUGGAGAGGACCCCUACAGACAGCAUGCCUUCAACCAGCUGGAGAGCGACAAGCUGAGCCCUGACCGGCCCAUCCGGGACACCCGCCAUUACAGUUGCCCCUCCGUGUCCUAUUCCUCGGACUUGCCGGCCACCAGCGUCAUCAUCACCUUCCACAACGAAGCCCGCUCCACCCUCCUGCGCACGGUGAAAAGCGUCCUGAACAGAACUCCUGCCAGCCUGAUCCAGGAGAUCAUUCUAGUGGAUGACUUCAGUUCAGAUCCUGAAGACUGCCUUCUCCUGACCAGGAUCCCCAAGGUCAAAUGCCUGCGCAAUGACCGGCGGGAAGGGCUGAUCCGGUCCCGAGUUCGCGGGGCAGAUGUGGCCACAGCUGCUGUCCUCACCUUUCUGGACAGCCACUGCGAAGUGAACACCGAGUGGCUGCAGCCCAUGCUGCAGCGGGUGAAGGAGGAUCACACCCGCGUGGUGAGCCCCAUCAUUGAUGUCAUCAGUCUGGAUAAUUUUGCCUACCUUGCUGCAUCUGCUGACCUUCGGGGAGGAUUUGACUGGAGCCUGCAUUUCAAGUGGGAGCAGAUCCCUCUGGAGCAGAAGAUUGCCCGGACAGACCCCACCAAGCCCAUAAGGACACCUGUCAUAGCUGGAGGAAUCUUCGUGAUUGACAAGUCUUGGUUUAACCACUUGGGAAAGUAUGAUGCCCAGAUGGACAUCUGGGGGGGAGAGAAUUUUGAGCUCUCCUUCCGGGUGUGGAUGUGCGGUGGGAGCUUGGAGAUCGUGCCCUGCAGCCGGGUGGGCCACGUCUUCAGGAAACGGCACCCCUACAACUUUCCUGAGGGCAAUGCCCUCACCUACAUCAGGAAUACCAAGCGCACUGCAGAGGUGUGGAUGGAUGAAUACAAGCAGUAUUACUACGAGGCCCGGCCCUCGGCCAUAGGGAAGGCCUUCGGCAGCGUGGCCACGCGGAUUGAGCAAAGGAAGAAGAUGAACUGCAAGUCCUUCCGCUGGUACCUGGAUAACGUCUACCCAGAGCUCACCGUCCCCGUGAAGGAAGUGCUCCCCGGCAUCAUUAAGCAGGGGGCUAAUUGCUUAGAAUCCCAGGGCCAGGACACGGCUGGUAACUUCCUGCUCAGCAUGGGGACCUGCAGAGGGUCUGCCAAGAGCCCGCCGGCGGCCCAGGCGUGGCUGUUCAGUGACCAUCUCAUCCAGCAGCAGGGGAAGUGCCUGGCUGCCGCUUCUACCUCCAUCUUCCCCGGGUCCCUGGUCGCACUGCAGGCGUGCGACCCGAGAGAAGGCAGGCAGAGAUGGAGGAGAAAAGCCUCUUUCAUCCAGCAUUCAGUCAGCGGCCUCUGCCUGGAGGCCAAGACCACCCAGCUGGUGACCAGCAAGUGCCAGGCCGACGUCCCAGCCCAGCAGUGGCAGCUGUUGCCACACACAUGACCGUAGCCUGGGGCCUCCUGUACCUUUUGCAUGAGACUUUGGGACCGGAAGGGGGUUAGGGUGGGGGAGUGUAAAGCGGGCCGUUUCCAUCUCCUCACAUUUCUGCCGGAAUCAUCAGCAAACACCACUGCCACGACACAUGAUUCUCCAAAGCUUGUAUGGGGAGGACGCAGGGCUGAUGCCCUGCUGCCCUGGCCGCCACCCCGGCCUUGCCUGGGGAGAGGAGCAGGUCAGGAUGCUGGACUGCUACUGGGCAGAGACUGGGCAGGAGCCCUGGCCCUUUGUUACCUCCCUCCACCCUCCCGAGGUCUGGACAGUGGUUGGGGGCCUCCCCUUGUUGGCUGGGGAGAACGAGGACAGCAGCCCACACGGGUCCCACUGGGCCAGGGGUCUGCCUGUGGGAUCAGGCACGAGAGGAGAAUGUGGGCAGUGUGGACGGGGGGCAGGCUGAAGGCGGAGGAAGGGGCAGCCUGCGGGGCAGAUGGAGAACAGCAAGAGGU